AUGGCUCAACAAUAUUCAUCAUCACUUCUCAACAAUGAUUUGUUUUCAUUUUGCAAAAUGCAUGGACUUGGAAAUGAUUAUUUGUACAUGGAUUGUUGUUUCGGAAAUGGUCAUUCCAAUCCAAUUGAAAAUGAUUUUCGGAAAUAUAUUGAAAAUUUAAAUGCUCGUAAUGAAACUCACACACUUGAGAAUAUCAUUCAGAAAUUAUGUCAUCGAAAUUUUGGAAUUGGUUCCGAUGGUGUGAUUUUCAUAACGAAACCAAAUUUGGAAUUGUUAGAAAAAGAUUCCAAUUUCUCUCAACACGGCACUAUUCAUUGUCAAAUGGAAAUGUACAACUCGGAUGGAUCUAGCGGCGAAAUGUGUGGAAAUGGUUUGAGAUGUGUCGCUCAGUAUGCGUGUGAUCGUUUGAUUGAAAUGAAAAAAAUUGAAAAAAUUCCAAUUUCACAAACGAAUCAUUUGAACACAAGCUCAGAAGAUUCUUCCUCUGUUUCACCAUCGUAUCAAUAUGGAUAUUGUAUUCGCGUUCAAAGUAAUCGAGGAAGAAAAGUCUAUGAUUGUAUUUGUUAUGCUGGAGUGGAAGAAGAACGAAACAAGAAGUUACAAAGUCCAUUCACGAAUUCACACACCAAUUCAUUUUGGGUUGAAAUUGAAAUGGGACCAUUACAGACCAAAGCAUCAAAUUUUGACAUGGCCUCAGAUUUUGAAAACCCAUUCAUGGAAGUUUCUCUCGUCAAGCAAGAAGAAGGACUCAUUCGAAAGGUUCUCUAUUCAUAUACGUAUGAACAAGAAAAUAUUCCGGUAUUGAAAAUUCCAUUGUAUUGCCUCUUAGUUCCAAAUCCUCAUGCUAUUUGCUUUGUGAAUGAAAUUUUAAAUUUAGAAAGGAAUUCACACAAUGAUAAUGUUGAUGAGCAUCAUGUAUGGAAGAAGGAUGUCGAUCAAUUUCCAUUAACCCUUGUUGGACCUGUCAUUGAAAAUGAUCGAGAAAUAUUUCCUCAGAGAACCAAUGUCGAGUUUAUUGAACUAAUCUCUCCCUCGUCAGAAUUGAAUAAUUAUGAAACAGCUGAAAUAGAAUCGACUAGUAUUUUAUCCAUGCUGGAAUCCAAUUGCGUAUUGAGAGUGAGACAGAGAACAUGGGAAAGAGGAAGUGGUGAAACUAAUGCUUGUGGUACUGGAGCAUUUGCUGUUUCACAACUUGUCUAUUUAAGGAAAUUCUAUGGACGACGACACGACACUGCUGAACAGAGCGAUAAUGACACAGAAUCUCCACCUCUCAUGUGCACGGUGCAAGUGAAGCUCAAUGGAGGAGAUUUAUAUUUCAAAUAUGAUCGAAAGAAACAACAAGGUCUGUCUGAGACACUUGUCAACAUGGUUGGACCUGUGAGCUAUGUCUGUAAUGGCACUUUCAGAAUAGUUGAUUUCUUGUAA